AUGACCGUGUUGCACGAGAACACUGUCGUCACCACAAAGACGCUGGCGCCACCACCAACAACUACAAAGAUUUACACGACCAUAACCAGGACUGGCAAACCCACUACGCUGCCAACUACCACCGUCACAGCGACGACAACCAAGAUCGAUACAACCGUUGUGACUGAUAGAACCACAACCGUUGAGUUGCGAACAAGUACCACGAUUGCAACAGUCCGAUAUACCGAAGUCACAAGUGUUACGAGCACCGCAACAUCCACUACUACCGUUCCCUUCGUUGCCGAAGCGUCAGUCUGUGCUAGAAAGCGAGGACGUGCUGCUGGGUCAUUGCCAAAAUCAUGCUCUUGCUUUCUUACUACCUCUAAGCCCGCAGCCACCAAGACUGCCACUGUCACCAAGAACAAGCCGGCUGUCACCCGCGUGGUAUACACGACUGGCGGGCCCCGAAAGGUCAUCCGUCGAACCGUCACCAUCAUCCGCUACAAGGCUGGCCCAACUCUAUCAGCUCCCGAGACUACAGAGUCCAGCAUUAUUACCGUCACCCAGACCGACCAUACUCUCACCACUAUCACAGACUCUCAGACAAUAACUUUCACAGCGAGCGAUUAUAUUUUCGAUACUGUUACCGAAACUAAGACUGAGACUGCUCUUGCUACGGCUACAGCAGAUCCCUGCGACAACGUCGGAGAUGGUUCGGCUAUCAAACAACAGAUUUCCGGCUCCACCAUAGAGGUCACGUAUUCUAAUGACGCGGAUGGACCCAACGCUGUAAAGUCGUGUUGCCAGGCUUGUUAUAGAAGACUUAAUUGCGUGCAAUACAGACUGGGCGGAGGUGUCUGCGAGGUGUUCACCAGUAAGCCUAGUUUCAGCGGCUCAUGUACCUCGUCCCGGUGCCCACGAGGCUACCCUGAUCUUGAUAUUGGGUCGGAUGAUGGGAAGAGUUACUACCUGGGACCUUGUUUUGGAACCGCUUUAUCCUAG